AUGGCCACUGACAAGAUCACUUUCCUGACCAACUGGCACGCCACCCCGUACCACGCCCCCAUCUACCUCGCCCAGGCCCGCGGCUACUUCAAGGAUGAAGGCCUCAAGGUUGCCCUCCUGGAACCCAACGACCCAUCCGAUGUGACCGAGAUCAUCGGCAGUGGCAAGGUUGACAUGGGUUUCAAAGCUAUGAUCCACACUCUGGCCGCCAAGGCUCGCAACUUCCCAGUUACCUCCAUCGGCUCCCUCCUCGACGAGCCCUUUACCGGAGUCGUGUACCUAAAGUCCAGCGGUAUUACCGAAGACUUCCGCUCGUUGAAGGGUAAACGCAUCGGCUACGUCGGCGAAUUCGGCAAGAUCCAAAUCGACGAGUUAACCAAAUACUACGGUAUGACCACAUCGGACUAUACAGCCGUUCGAUGUGGAAUGAACGUAUCCAAGGCCAUCAUCCGCGGCGAUAUCGACGCUGGAAUCGGUCUUGAGAAUGUUCAAAUGGUCGAGUUGGCAGAAUGGUUAGCUGAACAGGGUCGUCCUCGUUCAGAUGUGCAGAUGCUUCGCAUUGACCAGCUCGCUGAACUUGGCUGCUGCUGUUUCUGUUCUAUUCUCUACAUCGCAAAUGAUAAGUUCAUUGCGGAGAAUCCGGAGAAGGUUGCGAAGUUUAUGCGUGCUGUUAAGCGUGCUACGGAUGAUGUUCUCGCUGAUCCUGCUAAGAUAUAUGAGGAGUAUAUUGAUGUGAAACCGGUUAUGGGAACUCCUGUUAACCGGAAGAUCUUUGAGCGGUCCUAUGGUUAUUUCAGUCGUGAUUUGAAGAAUGUUCAGCGUGAUUGGGAGAAGGUUACUCGUUACGGAAAGCGUCUUGGUAUCCUGGAUGAGGAGUUCCAGUCGAACUAUACCAAUCAGUUCCUUUCUUGGACUCUGGAUGCUGAUUCGGUUGAUCCUACUGGUGAUCAGAAGCGUAUGGUUGUGCUUCAGGAGGAGAUUGCUGCUAAGGGUGGAUUUAAGCGUUUGGAAGUUAGUGCUUCUGCUUAA